AUGUCCACAAUUAAUUACAAUACAACUAAGUUAUCCAAUGGGGUAGACUUAUUUUACGUUGAGUCAGGAGAUUCAAGAAAACCCACUCUUUUGUUGCUCCAUGGAUUUCCAACUUCCUCUAGACAGUUCCAAAAGUUGAUUCCUUUGCUCUCUCCACAUUUCCACAUCCUAGCACCAGAUUUGCCAGGGUACGGACAAACAAGAGUGCAAGCGGGUGCCAAAUAUGAGUAUACGUUUGAAAACUUGGGCAACACAGUCGAGCUAUUCUUGAAAGAAAAGAAGGUUGGGAAGUUUUCCAUUUAUAUCUUCGACUAUGGUGCUCCCACUGGUUUAAGGGUCGCUUUAAAGCAGCCACAGAAUGUAACUGCGAUCAUCUCUCAAAACGGAAAUGCUUACGAUGAGGGAUUGGGUAAAGACUUCUGGGCACCACUUCAAAUUUUGUGGGACUUGGAAGAUAAGCGGAUUGCCGACGGAGGUAAGCUUCUGGAUUCCGACUCCAAGAAGUUCAAGGAUAUUGUAGCUGAAGCUGGUAGCGAAGUGCUUGGGUUGGGCGGAUUUCAAAGUCAAUAUGCUCAUGGUGAGCCCGAUCUUUCAAGAGUGAACCCCGAAUUUGCGAUCACUUGACAGCUGCCGAGUUUAAGGAUGACGUAUCUACUCAAUUGGCAUAUUUCUUGGACUACAGAAAGAAUUUAACCUUCUAUCCAGAAUUCCAAAAGUUUUUCAGAGCAACCAACGUUCCGAUUCUUGCUGUAUGGGGUAAAAACGAUGUGAUUUUUGUUGAAGAAGGAGCUGAUGCGUACAAGAGGGACUCGAAGGAUGUGAAGGUUGUGAAAAUAGAUGGGGGCCACUUCAUUAGUUUGAGUCACGCCAAGGAAGUUGCGGAAGAGAUCAUCGACUUCUUUAGGGAGAGAAAGAUAAUCAGCUGA